ACGCCAUAGAUUCCCUCUGCCACGUCUCUCCUGGGCAGCUGCGGAGAGUAAAGGGAAGAAGAGAGCUGGGGAGACCGAGGCUGCAGGAAGAGGGGUGUCCCGCUCCCCUGCAACCCUCCCCCCACAACUUGCACCCUGCAUGGGCUCAUCAUGCGGCAGACAGCCCUGUGCCAGAGACCAGCCGCGACUGAUGACUGAGCUGCUGCUGCCCUUACAUGUAGCUGACAAUUCCCGCUCGCUGUGUUGUAGGCCUCGGAGUGACUGUUGGAUGUCUACCGGUACCUUGUCAUGCCCGGCGGAAGAAGGGGUCCUAGCCGGCAGCAGUUGAGCCGUUCCGCUUUGCCAUCACUGCAGACUUUGGUUGGCGGCACUUGUGGCAAUGGCACAGGGCUGAGAAACAGGAAUGGCAGUGCCGUCGGCCUAUCCGCCCCUCCGAUAACUGCCUUGAUCACCCCCGAGCCGGUGCGUCACUGCCGUAUUCCUGACCUGCCGCUGGACGGGAGCCUCCUCUUCGAGUUCCUCUUCUUCAUCUAUCUCCUGGUGUCGCUCUUCAUCCAGUACAUUAACAUAUAUAAGACGGUUUGGUGGUAUCCCUACAAUCACCCAGCCUCCUGCACUUCUUUGAAUUUCCACCUCAUUGACUAUCACCUGGCAGCUUUUAUCACCGUAAUGCUCGCCCGCCGCCUGGUCUGGGCUCUCAUUUCACAGGCUUCUCAGGUAGGAUCGGCGUCUAUGGUCCAGUAUGGCGUUCUGAUCACCGCCCGCCUGGUCCUGCUCACGCUGUGCGGGUGGGUUUUCUGCUGGACCCUCGUCAACCUGUUCCGCAACCAUUCAGUUCUGAACCUGCUCUUCCUGGGCUAUCCGUUCGGUGUGUAUGUACCUCUCUGCUGCUUUCACCAAGACAACCGAUCCCAGCCUCUGCCCACAGACUGCGGAUACCUCGUUCAGGACUCGUUAGUGGAGGACGGUGCUAAUGGCGUGGCCAGCCUCGUCAGACCCAAAGACUUCCUCUCUCUCGUGCGCGAGUCUUUGAGGGAGCAGUUUAACUCGCCCCCUUCCAUCCCCUCUCACAGCUGCCCGCUGUCUCCGGACCUCAUCCGCAACGAAGUGGAGUGUUUAAAAGCCGACUUCAACCGCAGGAUCAAGGAAGUCCUCUUCAACUCCCUAUUCAGUGCCUACUACGUGGCGUUCCUGCCGCUGUGCUUCGUAAAAAGCACCCAGUAUUACGACAUGCGCUGGUCGUGUGAGCACCUCAUCAUGGUGUGGAUCAAUGCCUUCGUCAUGUUGACCACACAGCUGCUGCCGCCCAGAUACUGCGACUUGCUGCACAGGUCUGCGUCCCAUCUCGGCCGGUGGCAGAAAUUAGAGCCCGGGUCGUACAGCAACGCGCCGCAACAUAUCUGGUCAGACGGCACUGUGUGGCCGCAGGGCGUCCUCGUACGACACAGCCGGACUUUGUACAAAGCUGUGGGGCCGUAUAAUGUAGCAGUGCCUUCAGAUAUAUCGCACGCCAGAUUUUAUUUCCUGUUCCACCGGCCGUUACGACUACUGAAUGUGCUGGUGGUGCUGGAGGGCAGCCUGGUGAUGUAUCAGCUGUACUCCCUGCUCCGCGCCGAGAAGUGGAACCACACCCUCUCCAUGGCGCUCAUCCUCUUCUGCAACUAUUACGUCUUGUUCAAGCUCCUACGGGACAGGAUAGUAUUGGGGAAAGCUUAUUCCCACCCCCUCAACAGCUACGGACUGAAACCCCACUGACGCCACGCCACUUGUCCGCGCGCCAUUGGACAGACUAAGGGGGGAAAAGGCGCAAAAGAAGAGAAGAACGAAGGGGAGGAAGAAAAAAAAAAAAUCUGAAAAAAUAUUUUCAUACACUUAUAUUUUUUUCUGCCAAUGUUUAUAAAUAUUUAAGAUAUUUUAUAUUUUGUAUACAAUAUUUUUUUCUUUUUUCUUUUGUGUUCACUUUGUCGGGAAAA